UAUGUAUUAAAAUGAAACCAAAACAGCAUUUAGUUCUAAACAAAAUUGGAAAUGUAAAAAUGGGUUGUGUAAUAAUGAUAGAUUUUUCAUAAAUCCACAAUUCCUACUACUACUACUAGAGAGACAGAUAUUGAUCCAGAAUAUAGUUAUAUUGAAGUGCUCGAGUUUAAUGAAAUAGGAUGCAAUGAUGAAAACGCUUCAAACUGAAUAAACAAUUUCUUAAUAUAAAAUUAAUGUUAAAUCAAAGUAUAAAUUAAAGAAUUGGAAUAAAAAGAUCUCAUAUUAAAUCAUAGGAUGCCCUUGGUGGUUAUUAAUUGGAAGUAACCGCUCAUAGAUAUAUAGGUGUGUAACCUCUCUUUUUGAUAAGCAAAAGAAGAUUUGAGGAGUAAUUUUCGGAAAAACCUUGCUCCAGGAUAAUAAAAUGUAAAUAAUACUAUUGAAUAAAUAUUGAUAUAGAAUAAAUGAAGGCACACUUAAGAUAGUUUGUAGUUAAAGAGAAUAGAU